UCCAUUUGGAGUUUUGUGAUUAUUUGUGUGUCUGUUGAGCUUUUGUUCUGUAUGAUUUACAGGUUUUUUGAGUUAUUCUUUACACUGUUACCACAUUUGUUCAUGAGUUGGGAUAUAUAAGUCGGGCUACAGAUGUAACAUAGUUUUCAUGUUUUGACAGCAUCAUUAUAAAAUGGAUAAUAAACGUGUCCAGAUAUUCCACUUAGAUGUUGUGUGGAGAACUUUGAGUUACAAUAAGAAGCCAUGGCUUUGCAUGGCCCUGCUUCUGUUUUAGAUAGUCGUGAAAUAAGUAGUAAAGACAACUCAAGUCACGUUGUUAGAGAUCGCUUGACUCGUCAUCGAAGUCCAGCUAGAUCGUCAAAUCGUUGGAGUUACACGAGUGAAGAAGGAUCUGAUGACGACGAAGUGAUUAAGCCAAAAAUUCCACAGCCAUACAGGACAAGUUUUAGUGCUAUUGCUCCACCAGAUAGGAUAAAAAGGGACAGAAGUAGAUCUACUAGCCCGUGUACAUCCAGUUUAAAGGGAAGUAACAGAAAUAGGUCGAAAAGUCCAGGACGAAGAUCUAAUAGACGCGUGACAUAUGACGAGACCGUUAAGAUUCGUGGUUCAGAAGCUAGUGACAGUCAAGUGACAAACUUAAGUGAUAAAGAUUUAAACGAGACUUCAGGGCAUUUUUCAGCUGACAGUUCAAUGAUGGAGUCAGACAUGUCAAAUUCUAGUCAGAGGGAUAUUUCUAUGGAAUUACGAGAAUUGACCCAACAGAUUGUGAAGGAGUAUUCUUCUUUAGAGACUAAAGAUAGUCUCGAUUUGUCUAGUCAAAGUCGAAAUCAAAGCCACAAAUCUAGCACACCAAAUGGAACCGCUAAAGUGAUGGUUUCUAAUAAUGGUUCAAUGAAACCAAGACAAAAUGUAAAAGUGGUAAGUGAAGGUGGACAGAAAAAGAAAAUUAUAGUUAGUGAGGACUAUGACAAUGAGAGAAGUGUUAGUUAUCGUGUUGCUGUCACAAAUAAUUAUUCUGAUGAAAUAAAGCAACAGGCAGAGGAAGUUAUGAAAGAUGUUUCACCAACAUUAGUAGUAGAACCAGCUAAAGAACCAACAAAAGUCAAUGAAACCAAAGAUUCAAAAUCACGAGAAAGGCAUAAUUCUCUUCCGAAUGAAAAGGGUGAGAUCGAGAGUAGUCGACUAACUCCUGCUAAACGAUCAAUCAGUAGCAGUAUAGGAAACUUUUUCCGCAGAUUGUCACCUCAUGUCGGCAGAAAAAACAAAAAAGGUAAUCUUUCAACAGCUAGCUCUCAGAGUUUGUCUCCUGGUGAUGAACUUGAUGGUUCCUUCCAAAGACAUAACAGUACAAGUAGUUUGUCUCGCGGGAAAUUAAGGAAGUCAUUAAUGAAAUUAAUGGGAAAGUCGAAGAAAAGCAGUAAGUCUUCUAACAAGUCUGAUUCCUCAUUUGAAGAUUUGAACCUGUCUAAUAACAGUCAUUCUGACGGUUCUAAACAAACGCCUAAAUCAGCAUUAUAUAUGAAAUCCAUUGAACAAACGACGAAAAAUGACAAGGACAUGUAUCACAAGUUCAAAGACCGUAAGAAACAGAAGUCAGGGGAGGCAAAUGCUACUGGGAAAGCUGUAAAAGUCUCGCCAAAGUACAGUUAUGCUGACUCGGAUAAACCUAGCACUACAGAAACUAGCAUCAGUUCAUUGCUGUCUGGGGAUGCUAUAGAAUGUGAUUCCCCAGUCAAAACCCGGCCUCCUGACACUCUGGAUGUCAAGCUUGUACCCAAGUCAAUACAAGCUCUUCAAGCAUUACAGAUUAGUACAAUAUCGGGUGAUGAUUCUAUUGGUGAUUGUUCAAUUGAUCCAAAUCUAACAGGGAGUGAACCAUCACUGCUAGGCGAUACUUCAGCAUCGAAACAAGUAGAAGUAAGUCGGCUGUCAGAGGAAAAUGUGAAUCCGGUCAGUUCUACACCGUUAGCUAGUGCCGAACAUAAAAAUGAGAAGGAUUCAAGCGAGGAAGCUGACACAGUUUUAAGUGACCAUAAACAGAGAAAGGAGUUACAAUUAAGUUACCCACAAAUGCCGAUAAUUGCUGACACGGCAGAUUAUUUUCCGAUUGAAACGCCAACAAGGACACCAUCGUACUUGCGUAUAAGUAGUGCAGUGAGUGGUUAUGGUCAUUAUAGUAAAUAUAGUGCAUAUAAGGGAAUUGAGAAACGGUCUCCCUAUUCUAGUACAUUAUCUCUACGGUCAAGUCGCUCAGAUUUGACCACGCCCAUAUCACCAAUCGACAUGCCGAUUGGAAAAAUCCCAAACUAUCAGGCCCCUACAAAUUGGCCACCAUUAAAAAAUGAAAUCCUGUCUCCAAAAGGUGAAGCGCCCACAGUGGAAUUGGAGUUUAAAAAAAGUGUAACAAAUGGUGCUAGUGAUAAAGAAAAUAGACAUGUGAAUGGUGAUUUAGGUUGUGACGUUGCUGUAAAUGGUGAAAAUGGACAUGUAACUCAUGAAGGAAACUAUGUGUUAACUGGGGAUAAUACCAAGGAUGGUGAUUACUUCCUUGGUUUAGCCCAGGCAGAGGAAAAUAGAUUGUUACUGUUGUGUUCAAAAUGUGAAAUGGAAAUGAUGAAUGAUUCUAUAACAGAAGAAGGCAGUGGGAAGGUACGAGCAGCAGUAGGGAAAGCCAAUUUGUUGAUAAGCCAAAAGUUCCGACAGUUCCAGGACUUGUGCCAGCAACACAAGAACCCUGACCCAGAUCCGGAGGUGAAGCGGACAUUAUUGGAAGAUUUACAAGGAUUCUGGGAGAUGGUGAAGUUACAGGUGGAUGAUGUUGAUGAAAUGUUUACCGAGAUAGAUAUGAUGAGACAAAAUGGCUGGAGAGAAAUCAAAAUUCCAUCUCGGAGAAGUUCUUCCAGUUCAAGAUCUAGUCCAAAGUCAAGUAGUCUAAAUGUAAGCAAUGCCAGUACACCCUCACACACACCUGGAUCCCGUAGACGUGCAGCCAGGGUGAAGGACACACCGGAAUCAUCGCCUGAAAGGUCAAAUAAAGCUAAAAUGGCCGCAAAGGUGCGAGAUGAUGCGAGGAAAAAGAUGUUGGCGGAGAAACGUGCUGCCAUGAAGCAACGUCAACAAGAUAACGAAGCUGUAGAAAUUUAUGUCGCAGACAAUGGCAAUAAAUCUGACUCUCCAGGUCGCACUAGUGGCUCUGAUGUGGCCGACGCGUGACCACUGUAUUGAUGCAUUUUAUUUAUUCAUGAACUAUUUUGUUGGAUAUUUUGUUUCCGAAGAUUUGGAUUUUAUUGUAAUGCUAAAAGGAUGUUUUUCUAUUUUUUAUUCCCGAAACUUGUAGAAUUAGCUUUGAUUAAUAUUCUGGAUUGUAUUAUUUAUUGGAAAACUCAAGUUUAUCUGAAGUUAUCUGAAAAAAAGAAAAGAUUUAGAUCUUUUAGUAAAAAAAAGUGCAGUAAAUAGUGGAACUUUUAAAUGGAAUAAUACCAAACGUGAAGGAGAUGGAGAUGUGAAAACUCUACAAUUUCAGAGGAAAAGAAAAAGGAAAUAUUUAUAUAAUUUUCUCCUUCCAAUUGUUUCGUUUCAUGUUUAUUUUCGAAGAAAUAUAGUUAUCCUUUAAAAGAUUACCAUUGAACAAAGGGAAGUAAUCCUGAAAGAAGAAAUAUAUAAAAAGUGCAAUUGUUUACAAACUGAUCAAAAAAUGCAUGACUUUGUGUAUAAAUGUUGCAUUUGAAGUAAAUGUUGAUUUGCUGAUAUAUGGUAUGGUACAUAAUUUUCAUUAUUGUAUGGAGAAGGGGAGCUAACCCUGACAAGAGAUGUAUAUUAAGCUUGUGCUUACUGUGUUAUUGUGAGAAAUGAAUAAGACUGCAAGGUAUAGAGAAAAUGUGACCUAAAAUUAUUUAUAUUGUUUUUACCCCCUUCAGUUUUGUCAUGAGAUUUAAGGGUGUGUUGUAGAUAUGAGGGUAUGUCACAUUAUUUAUGAUUCAGGGUAUUUCUGGAAAACAAGUCUUUUUUUCUUCACUUUCGUCAGCUUUGGAAUGAAAGGAUUGUAAUACAGAAAUUUUACUCUGCAUUCACUCAAUGCUUUUGAUAUGCUGGAUAUAUUUAUGUGUCUUGAAAGUAUAAAAAAACUGUCAAAUAUGUUUAAUGAUUUGAUAAAUGAAGUGGUUCAACUACUGACUGAAAUGGCAUGUCUAGAAAAUCACCAUGUUCAAAAUAUACAGUGUCUGUCAACAAUUUUUCUUUUGAAGAAAUUAAAUUAAAUAUAUUUAUACCACAGUUCUUUUCCUUCAUCCUCUUUUGUUUUUAAGUAAAAAGUUGCCAUUAUAAGAAACCUGCUUUCAUGUAUGCCUACUUAAUAAAUGAUAUAUAUAUAUAUUUAGUUAGGAUUAAUGGUUUUUAUCUGGGACCAUAUUUACAUAAUGGCAUGUAGUAUGAAAGAUAGGAAUGCAUUUACUGAGAAUAAAUUGUAUCAUGAGGCCCCCAAUCAUCUCAUUUUUGCAUGUAUUUUACUGUUACCCUGCUGGAACCAAGUACCAAGUGCUUGCCACCAGUACAGAGCCAGACCAGCCUGCACAUGCAAGCAGUCUAACCAAUCUCUGUGCUGUUUACUGACUAGCAUAAAGUUUCCAUUUUUGAUUUCCCCAAAAACUGAUGAGUCAUUGUUCCAAAAAGGGCAGCUACUGCUAAAGUCCAGUUACGUAGUUUAGCAAGUUAUGGAAUAAAUUUGGAUGCUUUUCAUCAAUGGUUAUAUCUAAAGCCUCAAAAUGUUCAAGGUAUUGUGUAAACUUUGAGUUUGUAAACCAGUCUUGAAAUCCUGAAUUCUCAUUGGACAGAUCAAGUCAGUGGCUGAAAAAUAGCCAAUGAACGAGUUGGGUUCAGUGACUGGUUUCAUCAUAUAAAGUUUCACCAGGUCUGUGUGACAGUAUAUAAAUGGAACAUUAACAAUAAAGUAAACACAGUAGAUUAAUAUGCCAUGACUAAUUGAUACAGAUUUUGUUUAGACAUAAGGUUCUUGUAUGAACUAACUUUAAUAUUUAUUUAUUUCACUAGUGUUAUCCAUGAGUGCCAAAAAAUGCUAGAGAAUUGUAUAGAUCUAAAACAUAUUGUACUAUAAACAAUGUAUGAUAAUGAUUACACAUGAUUCACUGUACAUAUUGAAAGUUCAAAAUAUAUUUUAAUACAUAUAGGAUAAUUAAAUUAACUAUUCCUCAACCAAUUGCUCUAAAUUAAAGUAAAUAAAACAGACAAUUUACAUGUAGUUGUGAAAAAGUCUGCAUGAUUUUGAUUAAAACUUGAUCAAUUGAAUAAAAGAUGAAGUUUUCAUGGAAAUGAUUUACAUCAUGUCAGAAUUCACGUCAGAAAUGUCAAAUCCCUUUGAUAUUGUGAUAAAUGUCGCAUUGAAAUGUCUAGGAUUCUUUUUAGAUCAAACAUUCAACAUAUGAUGAAAUAAUAGGGCAAACCUCUGAGCACUGUAUUGCUUUUGCUUUACAUAUUUCAAGUGUAAUGAUGGUAGAGGACAUUUUUUUUGUUGAAAACAAAAUAUAUAUCAAUGAUGCAAAUUUUGGCUUGUUUUAAAGUGUACUUUAACUAGAUCAGUGAUAAGAAAGUUGAAUUUUUAUUUAAACAUAGAUAUUCAUCCAGUUAUAAAUUAUAACAUUGUUCUAUGGUGCUUGUUCAUUUCUGAACUUUCAUUAAUUUUCAACUCUCAAGGUCAUAUAUUGAUUGAAAAGGGUCAAGGUCAUAAUAGAAAAAUAACCUACCGGUACCUUUAUCAGAUAUUUCAUUAGAUAAUGAAUAGAGAAAAAGGAACGUUAAUUGUUGGACAAUGUAAAAUAAUUAGAAUAAUAAUUGUAACAGUUUUAUAUAUUAUUGAUAUACAUAAUUCUUCUGUAAAGUGUGUGCCUUGUCAAUGUGUACAAUCAAUAAUUAGAUAACAGUUCAUUACUGUCUGCUUUAAUAUAUUAACUAUUUUGAUAUUUUCGAAAAUGAAACAAGUGCGUUAUUAUUGGCAAUUAAAUGGAAAUCAUUCUCACAGAAAAUUAACUGGGCCAUUUUAAUGAUUUUUCACAUGACAUUGAAGAGACAUACAUGUAAUAAUAACCAAGAUAUAAUGGCUUUAGUUGUAGUAGGUACUUAUAUACAAGGGAUUUUCUAUGUGAAAACCGUUAAUUUGUCAUUGGCUAAAAAAAUAACUUCCUUCUUUGAUUUAUCAAAGAAUAGUUUGCAAUAUAUGACGCAGACAGUAUAUAGCUGUUGAUAAAAGAAUUAUUUUUGAAAAUUUACAACAUAAGGUUACAGGCCAAAGUGACAAUUAGUAAGAUUGUCCUAUAUAAGAUUUUUUUCUAAUGACACAUGCUUUUUAUAGGCAGGAAGUUGUGCUUUCGGAUGAGCAAUUAGUUGCACAAUGCGAUUUCUUAUAGGAAGAUUACAAAUUGUCAUUGUUGGUCAACUUCCUUGUUAUAUAUAUUUUUCGCUAACAGAAAAUAAUAUAGCUAUAUAAGCGUGCAUGCAUUUUUUAAUGUAAACAAUAUGACUGUAUUUGAUGUACAUUGUAUACGGUAUGGACCUGUAUAUAUAACUAUUUUGUAAUUUAUAAAUUGCUUUUAAUAAGGGGGCCAAAGUUCCCUUAUAUUUGUUGUUAGUACAUGUAUCGUUGAAGUGCAUUUGUACUCGAAAUAUUGUUGUUGAAAAAACACUUAGAAAAAAAUAGUUUGUACGAAUAAAAUCAGCAGUUUGUAGAUUACCAUACUUGCCAAAUGAUACUUUUUUUGCCAUGUGCUUAGUAAGAACUUUGCAGAUAAAACAAACAUUUUCUUUUUAUUCUGCUUUACUGAAAAUCAUAUUAAUAGACUGAAUAUGCAAGAAGAAUCCAUUAGAGAUCAAACCAUACUAAAUCAAUAGAAGAAUUUUGUGAUAUUUUAUAGAAGUAAUUUUGUUUCAUCUGGCAGCCUUUUAAACAAAUCAAUAUGAAUUUCGGAACUUAUAUACAAUGUACUGAGACAUCUUCCCUUCUCAAAGCUAUUAUACUGUCAGAAUAAAACUGGUUAGUUUGUAAUUUUUAUAAAAUAAGAAGUUUUUAUCACUUUGUGGUUUUUAUCAUUUUUACAGAGACUAUACAUGUAAUAAUAAAAGCUUCUAGAGGGAUAUAUACAUGUCUCUGAUAAGGAUUAGAUGUGUCUCAACUGUCCAGACAAAUACAUUUAUUGUAUUUAUUUUAGGACAUCUAUUUGUAUAUGUUUCAAUUGAAAAUUAUUGGUGGUUAUUAACCCUUUAAGUGCUGGGCCCCAAAGCAUUAAGUCUUUGCCACCAGUAUAGAGCCAGGCCAGCCUGCACAUCCGUGCAGUCUGACCAGGCUCUAUACUGUUGGCUGACAAAUUUUAAAUAUUCAAAUUGAUAUCCCUAAAAUUGAUAAUGGACAGUCCCAAAAAUUGAUGUGGGACAAGUCCAUUUAAAAUAUUCAGCAUGUUCAGGGUUAAAUACAGCAGGAUGCUUUAUCCCAUUAUAACAUUAAUGAUGCUAUUAGGACAUAGGCCACUAAAUUGUACAGCACAUCUGUGAAAUCCGACAUUACUGUAUGCCGUCUGCUGCAUAAUAAUAUUCAGGACAAGUUUGGUUCAUACUUUCAGCAAGAAAUCUCUUCUGAGAUGAUGGUACCUUGCCCUCAAAACAGAAUGAAAUAAAAAAAAGUAUCUCAUUUUGGCGUUAUGUUUUGCUGAUAGUUAAAUUUUCGAAAUUAUUAAAUUGACAGUAUCAUUGUGUUAAAUGAAAUUUAGUGUCUUAACAAAGUUGAAGUUGAUACAUUUUGUUGGAUGUUGUAUUGAAUUGUUUUAUCAUUUGCUCUAGUUAUAAACAAUUAAAAAAACAAUUACUGCAUUAAAUUCAGAUAACCCA